CAGCCAGUCGGGUUACGCAACUACGCGUCAUGUAGGUAGGUGACACCGCUGGGCCCUCUUGAGAAAUCAAAACUUGUAAUUCAAUUUGGCAAUCCUGUGCCACGGAAUUUCAUCAUAUAUAAGAAAGAAGAAGAAAAAAGAUAUCCACGAAAACGCAAAGAACUGCACCACCACUUGUUCACGAUAACCAACGAUCAACGAUCACAACCAACACAUGAUGCCGGCACGCAUUUCCAGCGGAGAGAAAACAACGAUCGUCAAUGGGGGUCGACUGAUUCGAUCACUCGGGAGGAUUGAUUUAGUGCUGCAGGACGGACAGAGCGCCCUUGCAGCUGCUGCAGGAGCAGGCGUUGCACUCGCCGGAGCAGCAGUUGCACGAGCAGGGAGACAUAGUGGCCGAAAGGUUGGGAUGAACGGUCGUUCCUUGGUGGAAAAUGGAUGGGGUUUUGUAGUUGAGAGAAGAGGCAAAAGAACAGGAUUGAGGCGCUUGGGGGAUGGGAAGAGAGGGGGAUUCGUCAGGGUCUUUAUAGGCUCCGGCCGCCUCUUAAUCGUCUUAUUUCCAGGGUUUCUUGACUAUGGACCAUUGGCCAUCCUCGAUCAUCCGCCACUGUCUGGUGAUCAAAUCAGCCCACGAGCAAAGGAGGGGAACGACAGGUGGAGUGAUGUUUUCUUUUUCUUUCUUGGAUGUCGGCCCAUGCCGAUCCAGGAUUGGUGUCCAGGGGCAGCACCUCUGCACCUGGCGACACGCUGGAGAAUAGACGAGGAGUGGGGAAGAGGAGGGGAAUGGAAAGUGAAGCAGCCAGUGAUCCGGACUCAGAGUGGUUCACGAGUCAACCUCCCCCUCCAUCGUACUGGAGGGUAUCCAUGAAGCUACGAGAGGUUCCGACCCAUGCAGAUGACGACAUGCGGCAUCCAUACUGCCGGAGACCUCUAAUCACUCAUGGGUAUAUGCAAGAUCCCAUCUUAUCAUCAGGCUAUUGGAGCCCCGUCAUCAUCGCGAGGAUUCCCUCCGAACCACGCCCUUCCCUUCUGGAGCCGGGUGCAGAAUGGACUGCCUUUGGGGGUU